CACACACACACACACACACACACACACACACACACACACACACACAGCAUCCACCAUCCUGCUACAUCUGCUGGAGGGGGCCACACACACACACACACACACACACACACACACACACACACACACACACACACACACACACACACACACACACAUUGCGAGGAACCAGCGUCCACGCGCCCGGUCUCCUCCACCAUCCUCCUCGCACUCCUCCGUGCGCGCUCCCGCUCAGAGACAGCAGGCUUCAGAGAGCCCGGAGAGCAGACGAGAGGCAGCGGGGGAGAGAGAAAGAUGGAGGUGAGGGUCGGGGAGAGACUCCUGUGCCUGGCUGUGCUGUCCAGCGUCCUCUGCGUGGGUUCUGUCCUCGGGAAAUACGUCAAAGGCAUCGUCAACACGAAAGAGGAUUGGGUUUUCCUCACUCGCUUCUGUUUUCUCACCGACUUUGGACGCCUGGAUUUCAGGUUCCGCUAUCCAAAGUCUCGCUGCUGUCAGAACAUAUUGCUCUACUUUGAUGACAGCUCUCAGUGGCCAGCUGUGUACAAGAGGCCUGAAAAGAACUGCUACCAGAAAGAAGCUGUGCUGAGGCCUGAGAACAACCAAGUCAUCAACCUCACAACGCGCUACACCUGGUCAGGCUGUGUGGUGGAGGGAGACGGGAACGAAGAGGUUCUGAGCUGCGUGGGCGGCCGUAGUUUCCGCUCAGUGAGGGAGAGAUGGUGGUACAUCGCUCUCAGCAAGUGUGGGGGCGAUGGCUUGCAGCUGGAGUACGAGAUGAAGCUGACCAAUGGCCAGUCUUUCUGGACGCAGCAUUUCUCGGCAGAUGAGUUCGGUAUCUUAGAGACGGACAUCACGUUCCUGGUCAUCUUCUCCAUGGUGUUCCUCCUCUCAUGCUACUUUGCCUACAAUCUGAAGGGAAGACAGCUUCUUCACACAACCUACAAAAUGUUUAUGACUGCGGCAGGUGUGGAAGUGCUCAGCCUGUUGUUCCAUUGUGUCUACUGGGGCCUGUAUGCAAGGGAAGGAGUUGGAAAUGGCAGCCUGAAACUAUUGGGGAAAUUACUGUUCUCCAUCAGUUUCCUGGUUUUCCUUCUCAUGCUCAUAUUGUUGGGCAAAGGUUUCACUGUCACCAGGGCGAGGAUCAGUCACAGCGGGUCGGUGAAGUUGAGCAUCUACAUGACAGUCUACACGAUCACCUACAUCAUCCUCUUCAUCUAUGAGGCAGAGUUUUUUGACCCCGGCGAGGUGCUGUACGCCUACGACAGCCCUGCAGGCUACGGACUGAUGGGCCUGCAGCUGUUGGCCUACGUGUGGUUCUGCUACGCCGUGCUCGUCUCCCUGAAACACUACCCCGAGAAGCAGCCCUUCUACGUCCCUUUCUUCACCACGUACACGCUAUGGUUCUUCGCAGUGCCUGUUAUGGCUCUGAUCGCCAACUUUGGGAUUCCUCGCUGGGCCCGAGAGAAGAUUGUCAACGGCAUUCAGCUUGGCAUCCACCUCUACGCCCACAUCGUUUUCCUCAUUAUCACAAGACCUUCAGCAGCCAAUAAGAACUUCCCGUACCAUGUGCGGACAUCUCAGAUCGGGAUUCUGUUGUCGAGUCCGAAAGGAGGCGAGGGUGCAGAGAGCUUCCCCCACCAUGCUUACGGAAACAGCUCCUUCCUGGGAGACUCUCAACCCAACUUCACCGAACUGUUCUCCAUCCAAUCAGACCCGGUGAAGACAGUGGAGGAGACGGUGGCCCGUAAAGGACCCGAGGUACCGAGGAACAGCGAGCAGAAGAUCAUCACCACCGCAGCUGAUUUGACGUCAAUAUUGCCCCCACCGCCACCUCCGAUACCCCCACGCCUAGCCACGCGCUCGCCCCCGAUGCCGCCCCGGCUCCCCUCGUUCACCGAGUACUUCAGCAUGCAGGGCGGAGGAGGAGGAGGAUUUGGAACGAAGGCAUGAGACUGAGAGAGAGACUGUCAGACAGAGAGAGAGAGAGAGAGAGAGGGAAAGGGACGGACUGACAAUACAAAGUGAAGACGAAGGCAGAGUGGAAAUCAAGGUUUUUCUGUUCAAAGACAAAAGAGACGAAAAAAAAAAGUUUGGAUGGAAGAAGACGAGACAUCAUCAGAAAAGUGAUUCCCUAAAUGGUACCUUUUCACCUAUGAAUGAAAAUAACCCGGGGGGGUGGAGGUGGGAAUGGCAGUGAGAUAGGAGUGCUGAGCUUGUUAAAGAGUAAAGAAGCAAUAAAUAUUUAAUGUUGACCAGUAAAAGGCACACGGGGAGGAGGAUGACAAAGUGGAUGUAGCCAGAGCAAUAGAAUGAUAGCAGUGCACGAGGGCGGAAAUGAACAAAAUCCUUGAAAUACUUUUGUUCAAACAUUCAUGAGGCAUUGAUGGUAUGCCUGACAGAGUUUGUAAAUAGCUAAAACUGGAGAGAGCUACUUCUCUAUAUAGUUUUAUUUUAAAAAAAGGAAACUUGUUUUCAUGUUUUUUUUUUCACAUCAUUUAUUCCAGUUGGUGCUGUGGACAUUAAAAUAAUCUCAUGCCAUUACAUUUAAAGAAUUUAUGUAAAAAACAACAAAAAUAAAAACAUUUUUUAUGUUUGACACAUUUUGAUAAAGCAUAGAUAUUUACUCUAAAUGGAGUUUGUUGAGUUGAUUUAUAUUCUUCUAUAAUUCAUUGCAGCUGGUUAUUCUGGAUUGAUAUGCUGAUGUGUAAAUGUAAAAUGUCACGUUUACUGUGGGCACUCGUAAAAACACGCAUGUUUGUAAUGUAUAUCCCGUCCAAAAAAAAACUGAUCUAUGUACUCCAUGUGACCAUACAAUAUUGGCUUAUUGUGUGUAUUGAAAUCUAUACGUUUGUAAAUACAUACGAUAGGCUUCAGUAUAUUUUUCGAUUGGAUAAAUUCCAAUUAAAAACCCUCUCGCGCUGUUGAACUCGAUAUGAAACCAGUGAAAGAGCUGUUUGUUUUGGCUCCAUUUUUACUAGAGUGCAGAAAAAUGUCUGUGUUUGUAGACGUUGGUGAAUGUACUGAUGCAAUACAGCACAAGGACAGGGGUGGGUUUCAAGUUACUGAAACACCACACUACACCUUUAUCGAUUUAUUCUCUCUACCUUUGGCUCUCCACUGUAACACUCUGAAGAGCAGGAGGCUGCCUUUCUGAAAAAUACUUCUAACUUUAUCCUCACCCCUGUCAACUACCUGAAUCGAUGUUGGCCUAAUCUUAUUGUGUAAAAUUGAAUGAAUAGAACUAGUUUCAUAUCCCCCAAACAUUGAACUAUAACAAAAAAAGAAAGCCUUGUAGAUGAAAUGUGAAACAGCAACACAACUGUACAUUUUGUCUGUCCUGCAUGGAGCACUUUAAUGUUCCUGGUCUUAGUCUGUUUAUUCGUGAUGAUGUCACCUUUAUACGACUGCUUUGAAAAUGUAUUCACACCACAUCCUGUAGUAUUCCAAAAGCAUACGCCUGUAAAUAAGUCUGAAAACGAUCUUUGGCUGCCCGGACAUUUUAGGGAACACGUCAUGCUUUGUCGAUGUAAUUUAACAUUUGAUUCACUGAAGUUGAUUAGAUGUGAGAGUGUCAUUGAAACUGAGUUUACCACCAGCUUCCUGCAGUUCAGAGCCUAUAAAUAUCUGGGAAAAGACAAUAACUUAUGUACCUGUUUCGUUUUAAUCCGUCACUGAUUUCAGAUUCAUAAAAGUGGUGGUACUCAGCUUAUUGACUUUUUCCACAUGGAGGCGAUUUUUCUCUCGUAUCACACUCCGGGUGGGAAGCUCAAAUGCUGUGUUGUACUGCUGCAUGCCUCGCUGCAAGUGAUAAAGUGAUGCCAUGAUUUAUGAAAAUGUCACCACUCCAAGAUUAAUCAAUGGCUAAAGAGCUGGUGACUUUUGUCUAAAUCUGGAGGUACAUAACAGGGAGUCAAAACAACAUAAGUAAAACCCUUUUAGCUGCCAUCACACGAAGCUAAUCUUAGCAUUCAGCCACUAGCUAACUUAAACAUUAGCAAGAAAUUGGCUAAGUGCUUACGUUACAAUUUAAUAGUGGUACAUGGGACAGUAGGAAUGGCAUACAUUUCUAGCUAAUGUUCCACUUAGCAAAGGAAUGGCUGACUGCUAAUAUUAGCUGUUCAGUAAUGCUAGCUAGCUAGUAGUAGUAUCAAAUAUGUUUUGGCUAUAGACUAUAAAAUAUGGACGUAGUAUCCGUGACAUCACCCAUCUGUUUCUGAAGCACUGUUUUGAGGCCAAGCGGCAGCGGCAGCCAUAUUGCUGCUGUCAAACGAUCGUGACAUAAAGAGGCUACAGUGUUCCCGCCUGUCAAUCAAGUCAGCUGUGCCUCUCAUUUGAAGACUCGUAAUCUCAAUAUCUUUGAAAUUGUCACGUUAGAAAAAAAUUCACACCUCGUACAGUGUGUGGCGAUCGAGAAAUGAGCUAUCCAGUCUACACUCAUCUUUUGUACCAGGCUGUAAACAUGUUUGUUUCUGCUGUAAAGAUCGGCUUUCUUGAAUUGGUGUGUAUGUGGUUUCCGGUACUUCCGGAGCCAGCCUCAAGCGGAUCCUCGAUGAACUGCAGUUUUCAGCACUUCCGCAUUGGACUCAUAUUUUUUAGACCACAGGUUGCCGUGUGGUUUUAACUUGAAACAACUUUUAAGAUGCUGAUCAUUUUGGAAGUGAAAAAAAAUUGCAUUUCUUUGCAAUACAAAAUAAGAGUAACAACCAUAAGCUAGCAGUUUAACAUUAUAGUAGCAUUUAGCUUCCCACCUUGUGCGUGACAUCAGGAAAUUGUCCACCAUGUGAUUAUGGUGAAUACUACAGAUUUAUCACUGGCGAUGUCGCUGUAAUGGACUACUUUAAGAUGUUAGGACUGUGGUGUGUAAUUUGUAAGAGUGUAGUCAGAGGUGUAACGUGAAACAGAAUGAUACUUGAAUUUGAGUAUUACUUGUUAUUGCUGAUUAUGUGUCUGGUUAAUAUUAGGCAUGUCUGCCAUUUUGUCUGCUGUUGCCUAUUGUUACGGUUGCCAUGACCCGACUGAUAAGACACUGGAUUACUCAGCUUAAAGACAGGACUACUGAUACUGUAACACUGCUUAAAAUGUGUGUGUGUAUAUUGACAUAAAACAAUAGGACUGAGACACACUUAAGGGAGAGAUGUUGAAGAAAAGAGGUUAUGUAUGCAUGACAGAAAAGAGCACAGCUUUUAGGUGACUCAGAGCGAUCUGGUUAAGAGCACAUCACUGAAGCACUGUUCAAAUGCAUUUUAAUGGUGUCAAACGAUGAUUCUAAAUAUGCUGUACAUAUACACUUUUUGCCAAAACAAUAAAAAAUAUGGUUUUAUUAGAGGCCUUGUCUGGCUGUGUGUGUUAUUUGGCUGCGGUGUCUGUGUUUGAGACAGGACAGGGGCAUAUGUCCAGAGGAGUCAAUGUAAUAUCUGUAAAUCAUAUUUAGAGUGUGUUCUCAUUACAAGAGUCCAUUAAAGUAAAACAGCACAGGGACACAGUCCAGGCUGGUCACAGUCUGAUGUAGGCUAGCCUAAUUAUUUCAGUGACUGUGAGUUUCCUCUCUUUGACUGUGCAGUCACAACAAACUGCUCAGCUGUGCUCAUUCUGCAUUAACGGGCCACAUUUGUAAAAGCUUUCAGUCUAAUUGCUGCCACAGCAGAGAUUAAAAAGGGAAAGAAAUAGUUUGUUUUGUUAUUUCAAACUUCUUGUAAUGCUGAUUUCUAAGACGUAUUUUGCAUUGGGAUCAUUUUUCAUGUAUUUUAUGAAUCAAUAAAACAAUGGUGCAGCGGUUAGUGCUGUUGCCUCAAAGCAUGAAGGAUCCUGGUUUAAACACUUGGCUGGUCAUGUCCCCCUCUAUGAGGAGUGUUGGCGCUAUUUACAUUGUUUCGUGUGUUUGAUUAUUUUUACUUUAAUCAAUUGAUUUAUUUAUUGUUAUUAAAUUCAAGGUAAUUAACUUUGAUGCCAUAGGGGUAUUAGUAUAUUUUGUUACUCAGUUUUAUAGGUAGAUAGUUUUGCACCGGGUGAUGUCUAUAUAUAUGGGUAGGUAAGAUAGGAGGGGCGGACACCGGGGAUGGUGAAUGUUUUUUUUCCCGGGAAAUUUGAAAGAGACGCUACCUUUUGUUUGAGUGAACCUUUUGUUAUACAAUAAACCACCAAAACACUGAAUACUUGGCUGGACAUUGACACUUAUCUGGACACCGUGUAAGAUCCACUCUCCCCGUGCCCCGUGGCCGGGUUUUGAUUUGAGAUUUAAGUUUUGUAAGUUGACCAAGUCAAACAGCUACUACAAAGUAAAAAAAACACCCUUUAAAGUGGACGUUUUGUGGAUGCAAGCUGUGACUUUACCUGUGGAAAGGAUCGUCGGAUAAAGACGGAGAAAGCAGCAUUGGAACCUGCAGAGUCAGCGGCCUGCAUUCUGAAAUCAAAGUAACCUGCUCAUCGACAUCGGAAACAGAGGAGGGAAUGGGUUGCCUUUGUACUCCAGGACAGCCAUCUUGGCUCGGUCCAGAUUCUGUCGGUUUGGGAUGCGAGCCAUUCGCGUGUAGCCCUUUGACUGAGUCUCAAACCGUGGAGCGAGGACCUUGAACAGCUUUGGGACCAGAUCCUUUUCCUGAAGAGAGGAAGCAGAGUCAAUUAAGAAUACGCUUCCUGACGACUAUUUGAAAUUCAAAAGGGAGGCAGAAGGAGCAGCAGAUACAUACCGUCAUCCAAAAGCUCGCCAUUUUCAUCGCCUUCUCAUCAGUGUCUCCCUUUUUGGCGUAGUCAACCAGCUGGGAUAAAGAAUAGAGAGAGUGAGCAUCGUGAUGAAGAGAAAAAAUAAAUAAAUAAGACUAAAGUGAAAGUAAGACCAUCUUAAGAAAUACUCUUGGUGAGUGCCAGUUCAUAAGUUGGCAAUGAUUGUAAUUUAAAGUGAUUUAGAUGCAUAAUAAUGAAGCAAGUAAAUCAUUUUUAUGACUCAUUCGAUUUAUAUCAGGCUAAAUAUAUUUAAAGAUGUCUGCACAACUCUUUUAAAACUACAUUCAAGUCUUACUUAACUCCUUGGAGCAGAAAAGGUGAGGUUGUUUUAGCAGCACAGUGUUGUCUGUGGAUUCAUAAUGAGCUGUUCCGUAUUCAUAUGUGGUUGUAAUGUUUGGGUGUCUACAGACUUAUUCAAGUAUAAAGUGUUAUUGCUGUUUGGACUCCUGGAGAAAAUUUGAUUUAAAUGCAAAUGUGUCUCUGAUGACUGAAUUGAAAUUGAACUGCGUCCAUAAAGGAGAGCAGCUGUAUGCACAUCCUGCUGAAUUAAGUCCAGAUGAAAAACUUGCUUUUAAUUGAAGGAGAAGUGGAGAGUGUCACAGCACUGGACUUGAGCUCAAGAAAAUCAAUUACAAUUUUCUGAAUGUAAAAGUGGAUACAAAUAUAGAGCGGAAAAUUAAUAUAUGCGUCUCUGAAUAAAUGAAUCCAAUAAAUCCAACACUUAUCACAAGCUUAAA